UUAUCGUCAUAAUUUUUUAAAAGUGAAUUUGUGAACUAAGUGAAACGCGGAUAUCAUGAUUGCGUCUACAGUUAAAUAUUUGAUGGUUGUGGCAGCAGUUUUUGCCCUAUCCGCCAAGGCUAAACCAAUAGAAUUGAAGAGGGAAGAAAUAACAGCGGCCUCUGUAACCGGACGAACUCUUUUCGAUCAAUACACCUUGGGACAGGAUGUUGAUGGUGCCAGAAUCAUUUAUACUUCCCAAUACCAACAAUCAUUUGACAGUGUCCAAUCAGAAAUUACCUUGGAGUAUGUAUUUCCCGGCCCAGAUGCCAGCAAUGAUUCGCUGAUCACCAAAAUUACUUUGUAUGUGGAGGCCUCUGAUGAUGCCACAACACAAGCCUAUGUUAUCGAUGGCGGUAUAGGACAGACGAGUAUCACUCUGCAAAUUGUAGCCCAUAAUUCAGAUUAUUUGCGUUACAUGGUGAUUGUUUAUGGCAAAUAAUUGACCUAAUUGCGAAUAUUGAUAAUAAAGAUUAAUGCCCAUAUUCGCAAAAGUUAAUGCAGCUUUAAAGUAGGUUUAUUUGACAGUUCUUUAAAGGAAAUCUCUCAAAUAAAGUUGCCAUAAGUUUUGUGAAUAUGGGCAUAAAAAUUUGUUAAAACGGAA